AUGAUGAUGAGUCUGAUGGGUUAUGCAAGCUUUUGUACAAGAGAAGAUAUCACCGUGACAUCUUCAGCGCCACCACCUGCGUAUCAAGCUCAGAGCGCGACAAUAGGGUCUGACGACCUCGUGCGUGCACUACUCGACCGUGUAAGUCAGCUUGAAGCUAGACUACAGGAGCAAUACAACAUCGCCUCGAGCGAAACACCGCUACCACCUCCGCAACUGGCUGAUAACCCAGCAAGUCCCGCAAAUGAUGAAGCGAUUACUCUAUCUACGGACGAUGACAUCACGUCACAAUCUGUGGAAACUGGUGAUGCAGCUACUGUGCUAGAAUUUCUGGCAUGGGGCCGUAAGAAGGAUGCCGAUUAUGGAACUUCGCCAGAACAUAACAGCGGGCCAAGACGACUGAGUGUCAGACACGAGGAUGAAGCGACCACCUCAAAUAUCCCAUGCGAAGCCAGCAGAGAUGCACAGCUUGAUUUACUCGAAUCGCUUCUUCCCGACAAGACUCACAUCAUACAACUUGUCGAGUACCACAAUACCUCCAUCUUAUGGUACCAUGGCUCCUAUUCUUCAGCGAUGUUUGAAAGUGACCUGGACCUUUUUAUGGGUGAGUAUGAAGGCAACGUUCGCCAUGAGGACCUGAAUCUGCAAUGGCUAGGUCUGCUGUUCGCCAUCAUGACUGGAAGUAUUACAUGUGCACCAUCAUCUAUCUAUCGGUCUUGGGGAUUCUCAUCGGAGGAGCGCAUGGUCUUGUCUCAAAGGUGGUACGAAGCGACCGUGACAUGCCUCGAAGUUGCGGGUUAUAUCGAGACUCAUACGAUAUAUUCUGUCCAAGCUAUCGCGACUCUGACGAUUGCGGCUCACAUUCUAGGCAAGUCGAACAGCCAGUCAAUACUGCUUGCAUCAGCUGGUCGCAUCGCCCAAAGCCUCGGUCUACACCGCCUUGGACCAGAGAACGCAGCUAGGGCUACUUCAAAGGAGCAGCUACGUCAACGUGAGGCCGGUCGACGGGUAUUCAAUCAGCUUUGCACGCAAGAUUGGUUCCAGAUUCCGUUCUCUGAGUCAUAUUCAUUGAACCCUCGCUUCUUCAAGACCUCGAAGCCUCUCAAUUGCAACGAUGAAGAUAUGGUACCCCUGCCGCUAUCUACUCCAACCCAGGCGAGCUAUUGUAACUAUCGUUACGAUAUUGCGGCACUUAUGCCGCAGCUACUGGAUGCAAUGACAGGCUGCAACACGCUUUUCACAAAGUAUGAGCAGGUGCUGCGGUACGACGAGAAGAUGCGCAAGCUUGCUACCGCAUGUAUGCCUACAUUUCUCUCAAACAAUGCGCCCGUAGCAACGGGCUGGCCUAUUUAUGUUGGAUGGGCCAGACGCUCAUUGGCUAUAUGUGCCUCGCACAAGAUCAUCAUGAUACAUCGGAAGUUCAUUGGGCUCUCAUUCUCGAACUCCGCGUUCUCGUUUACCCGCCGUACCUGCAUAGCAGCAUCCAAAACCAUAUUGAAAGAAGCAUUAUCUGGCAACGACCAGGGGCCGACGCUGUGGAUUGAACAAGCUUUCUCCGUCGCAGCGGGGAUCAUCCUCAGCCUCGAUGCAUUUCACCGGUCGGCCAGUGAAAGGGAGUUUGAAGAACACAAAAAACUUGUCGAAGACGCAAUCAGCUACUUGAGGACAUUUGAAGACAGCAAGAUAGCUUCACGUGGUGUGCAGUUGCUAUCUGGCUUGCAGCGUGAACUCCAGAAUGGAAGAAGCGUCAACCCCAGGAAGCGCCAACAGCCUACAGAAUUCGGCGAACUGGCUCCCUCGUCUAGCAAGAGAGCACGUACAUUCAACGUGGAAAGCUUUAUCAAUAACGUAUCUAGAGACUUGCAAGUAACAAUCCCCACUUCUUCGACCGCAGAUGGCCCUGCAAAUUGGAUCACCACACUGAGUGUCAGACCGGGUCAAUCAGCAGUGGCCAUGGCCCUCGAAUCUAAUGGCGAGAUGGGGCCGAAGUCCAAAUACGCAGAAGAAACGGGUCCAUACUCCUCAGCAGCGAGCGAAGAUAUGGGCGCAGUGACUGAGAAGUGGCAAGAUACACUCGCAGAAAUUAAGUAUGCUUUUACAACGAAGGAUGGGUGGAUUGGCGACUAUGAUUAUAUUUACCUCAUCACCCCAAACAUUUGGCCACUCAAUAGAAAGUACAAAGACUACCUGGCACCAUUUUACGGACUGAAUGACCGCGUUCCUGUUCUCUUGACCCUGCUCCUCGGCCUUCAACAUGCCCUCACCAUGAUCGGAUCCAUCGUCUCUCCGCCGCUCGCCAUCGCUUCAGGAGCGUUCAACUUCGAUCCGGCGAUGACAACAUACCUGGUGUCUACCGCCUUUAUAACCACUGGCAUCGCGACGGCGCUUCAAGUCACCCGCCUACACAUCAUGAAGACACCAUUCUUUAUCGGCACAGGACUCCUUAGUGUUGUAGGGCCAACUUUCGAUAUCUUACCUAUUGUCUUCAACUACGCCGCUCUACGAUACAAAUCCGGAACUUGUCCUGUUCUUGACGACGGAACUCAAGGGCCUUGCCCCGAUGCCUGGGGUGCAUGUCUAGGCACUAUGCUAUGUUGCGUCUGGAUCCAGAUAGCUCUGGCAUUUGUGCCGCCCAAGAUGCUCAACAAAGUCUUCCCUAAGCUCAUCACUGGAUCCCUCCUCACUCUCAUUGGAGUCUAUCUUGUCGGUAACGGACUGCAGAACUGGGGUGGCUCGUCAAACUGCCAUGGCGGAGAGGGCUUCUAUGCUCUAUGUCCAGAUAUCACCGCACCACAGCCGCUCGUCUGGGGACAUCCAAAGUUGAUCGGCCUGGGUUUUAGCGUUUUCGCUACUAUCAUUCUAGUUGAAGCCAUCGGUGCGCCACUCAUGCGUUCAGCUUCCGUGAUCAUUGGGUUAGCUGUAGGCUGUGCUAUAUCAGGCGCAACAGGGUACUGGUCAACAGAACAACUCACCCAAGCGCCUGGUGGCACUUUCCUCUGGGUACACACGUUCAAACUCUCCGUCGAUGGUGCGCUGGUGCUACCUAUGAUCAUCAUGUUCGCGUGUCAGGCUGUGUCUUGCAUUCCCGAUAUCUUGGCCACUGCAGAGCUAUCUGGUGUUGGCAUCGAAGGCACAGAAUUCAACAGCAGGAUUCAAGGCGGUAUUCUGUGCGAUGGUCUAGGCAGCUUCUUCAGUGCGCUGGGUACGGGGCCGCCAAUGGUCAGCCAAGCUGGUAACAACGGCGUCAUCGUUCUUACUGGAUGUGCAUCUCGUCGUGCAGGGUGGGCAGCAAGUGGCUUCCUGAUACUCAUGGGAGUCAUCGCGAAGUUCGGUGCUGUCUUCGCUUCUAUGCCGCCGUCUGUGCUGGGCGGUAUGCAAGUCUUCCUUUACAGCACCAUCGCUGUAGCUGGCAUUCGUGUUCUCGCGCUCAUCUCUUGGACCCGCCGCGAUCGCUUCAUACUUGCCGUUGCAUUAGGAAUCGGUUUUAUGGAUAUCUGUCAGCCUGAUUGGUUUGCGCAAGUCCUGGCAUACGAUGGGCCGAAUGAGAAUCUGGUUGGGUUCGAACAGGGUAUAAACCUGGCUGUCGAGACACCCUUUGUCAUUGCUGCAAUCGUUGGCAUAUUUUUGAAUGCCGUGCUGCCGAAGGAUAAGAGCGCCUCGCGAACGGUGGGGUAUGGGGAUGAACAGAAACAUCCAAGAAUAGGAGUGCGUGAUGAUUAG